ACUGUAGUAAUUGAAAUUCAUUAGUUCCUCGAUACCUGAUGUGUAGUCAUUGUCCGAGGUCGAACAAGUUUUUUUACGAUAGCUUUUUCAGUGCCAAAAAAUUCGCCGUCCUUUCUACACUUGCUAAAAAUGCAACAGUCCGUCUCUCGUUUAAAAUUGCGAUUGACCCGACCUAGGACCAGUUAUAUUACCAAAUGCUAGUCAUCAGGGACUAAAAUUUUAGUUUACACACGAAUUCGUGUCCAAGAAAAUACAUAACCCAUCCUUAUCAUUGCAAUGUUUAUUGUUGAACCAGUUAACAUGCCAGUUUGAUAAAUAGCAUUUUGAUGAGUUGGACAAUAAAGUGGAGUGUUUAUACUGGGUGUUUUUCUGACAUGGCAGAAUCAAAAAGUGAGACGACCCAGGAAAACCUAAGGAAUGAAGUGAUAUCUGGCGUUAGAGCUUGCCUUAUUUCCACCAAGGGAAAGGUUGAACUCAGGCAAUUGGACAACGACUACCGCACCCUGAUAGGCGAAAGAAUUCCCUAUUUUAAACUAGGGUUUAAAAGACUAGAGGAUUUCAUCCAAUCGGUACCGACACUGGUUAUAAGCAAGGGCGUCAAUGGGGAAACGUUCGUGGAUGCCAAAAUUUGUCAAAAGUCUGCGCACAUAACAGAGAUGGUACAAAAACAGAAACAAGAUAAAAAGAAAGUCAGCUUUCGGAAGAUGGAGCGGUUCACACUGAAUGGCGCUCCCGCCAAUCCGUCCAACUGGCGGCCCAAGAAUGUGGGCGCCUGGGGCAGGCGGCAUUACCACAACACCCCCCCACGACUGGCCAAAGUGUCCCACAAUCAGUUCAUCGACCGAUCCGGCUACAACAAGCCUUCGGUGGCGUCGAAAAUCGUCGUGCCGGAAACCUCGAACCUCUACCCGAAGUAUAAUCCGAACCUGCAGAGGCAGAACUCGGAACCGCCGAGGAACGUGAGCACCAACAGCAGACUGCAUUUGGUGUCGCAGGUUUCUCAGGAUGCCGGCCAGAGUAACGGGAAGCAGGAACCGUGCUCCUUGAGCAGCACCAAGAAGAGGAUCACGCAGAAGAUGUCGGAGUUGAGCAUCGAGAGGCAGGUCAGCAUGGGAAGGGGUAGUCCUGUUAGCGAGAAUUCCUCCACGGCAAGUACGGCGAGCAGUCCCACUUUCGACGUCCCCCUUCAGGAUGUCCCGUUACCCAAGGCCAUCGAGUUCGUCCCAGUGGGAGAUCCGGUGGUGGACUUGAAGAAUUUUGUGGAACUGAAUAAAAUCGGGCAGUUAGAAGUGUCUUCCAAGCUGAUGAAAACCAAGCGAAACCGUAUGUACACGUGCAGGAUAAAGAUAGGCAAACACACCUACACGAGUUACCCCGAGGAAUUCGACAGUCCCAUCGCCGCAGAACGUUUUUGCUCGGAAGAUGCACUGAAAGACCUCAUCCACAAGUAUGGCAAGAAGUCGCUCCUGUUGGCUAGCGACAAAGACAUUCUAGAGAGGAUCCCGCCGAUGCUGGAAAAGCACCAUCACGGGAUCUGGGGAUGGCAAUUGCAGUUGGAUUACGCCGACAAGUACAACGAGCAGCUGCCCGCCGAUUGGCUGAAAGUUAUAGACAGCAGCCCCUGUAUCCAAGUGGAGAAGUGUUUGGAUAAUUACGUGUUGAGGCACUGCAAACCCGGUGAUGCAUUACAGAAAAGCCAGAAGUGGAACACGUCGAUGACUUUAUCCGACGUGUCGGUCCCCUCGAAUACCGUGCAGUUCCAAGAGGACGGCAAGCUCUACGCCGAGGUGACGUGCGUCAUGUCGGCCAACGAGAUCUGGUGCCGGCAGCUCUCCACCGAGGAAAGCGAGGUGUACACCGAGAUGAUCGCCAAGAUGGAAGCCUACUACAACCAGCACGCUGAGGUCCUGAAGGCGCAGGUCAUCACCGAGGCCGGUUAUUACGUCACCAACUACGAGAACAUGUGGGUCAGGGUGAGGGCCGUGGGUAUAUCCGAGAAGGAGGUGCACUGUUUCUUCAUCGACUUCGGGGACGAGAUGUCGAUACCCACGGACAACAUUUACCAGCUGAAGCGGCCGUUCGCGCUCUCCCAAGCUCAGGCGUUCGUUUGUCGACUGGUGGGGCUCGAGGAGCUAUAUGAAGUCUCGGCUCAUUCGGAGAAGAUCCAGAGCCUGCUGUGCAAACAAGUUACGUUAGAAAUGGCGGUGGACAACGCCGCCGAGGAAAACAUGCACCUGAGCAUUCCGGUGUUUAUGUACGACUACGAAACGGGCAAUUCCAUCAACCAGGAAUUGAUCCCGCUCCUGACGAUCGAAUCCGCAUCGCCCGUCAUACAAAAGAGGGCCACCACAGAGGUAUACGUAUGCAACAUCGAGAGCAACGGCGACGUCUACGUCCAGCUCCACUCGCCCGGUUAUGACAGUCUACAGAACUUAUUGACGAACCUGGAGUCCCAGAUCCUCACCAACCCUCCGACGGACAUCAUCUCGCGCGUCACCAGAGAGAACAGCAAAGGGAAGGUGUACUUCGCCAAGCACAAGGCCGACGGGCACUGGUACAGGGCCCAGCUGAUCGACUGGUCGCCGAAAGGAGAGCUGGCGCAGAUUUACUUCGUCGAUUACGGUAAUGCGGACGUCAUUAACGUGGAGAAGGAAGUCUUGUAUCCCUUGGACAAACUAAGCGACGUCUUGAACCAGUACCCCUUCCAGGCAGUGAGGGUUAAGAUGGCGAUCGACAAGAUACCUGACAAUUUCAUCGAGCUGGCGGUUAAAGCGAUGCCCGAGGAUCAGCCCCUGUUGCUUAAAAUCGUUGACUACGACAACAAUUUGCCCUUGGCAGAGUUUUUUAAAAGAAACGCCGACGGGGGUUUGUUUUGCAUUAACAAGUCGAUCACCAUGGAAGUGGAGCUGAAGGAGAGGGAGGCGGACAACCAGAAGGGGGCCAAGAAGAAGCUGACGCAGUUCGACAGCAGCAAGAACGUACCCUCGGGAGGUAGCUUGCCGAAACCGCCCAUCCCAGACAAGAACGAGUACUUCGAGGUUCACAUCCCCUUUGCCGUCAACCCCUACAACUUCUUCGUCCAGCCGUUCGCCUCGCGCAGCAAGCUCUACAAGAUGAUGAAGGCACUGCAGGAGCGCUACAAGGACGUCACCUACAGCCCCCUCCAGAUCGACCAGAUCGUACCGGGGAAUAUAUACGCGUCCAAGCACGAGGACGGCUUCUGGUACAGGACCAGCGUCCUCAAGGUGAUCCACUCGGGGUCAAUUUCGGUGUAUUUCUGCGAUUUCGGUUACUACGCCAACCUGACCCUGCAACAGCUAAUCCCCCUGGACGUGGAGUUUGUCGAGUUGCCCUACCAAGCGUUGAAGGCGAAAUUGUCAGAUAUCAAGCCGAAGCAGUCUAAAUGGACGAUGGCGGACUGCGAGGACUUCAAGGCGCUGAUAGAGAGGAAGAACUUUUAUUCCAUCAUCCGCGACAUCGAGAAAGACGAAUUGUACGAUUCGGACAUCGUCCUAAAGCUGAUACUGAUAGAUACGUCCUCGGACGAGGACGUCAAUAUCGGUAAGGAACUGAUCAAGAAAGGCAUAGCUGUGGAGGCGUAGGCAUCUACCCGUUGCGUCUAUAACGUUACCUAAAUUAUCGCUAUUUAUAUAGAAAUGAUUAUUUAACGGUGAUAUUUAAGUUAUAGAUUUUAUUCUAUAUAUUUUUGUUAUGACGGAACUAUCAAUAUUUGAUGAAGAAUUGACUGUGUGAGUAGUUUUUUUUUGGUCGCAUUCUGUUGUCGGAACGGAACGUAAUGGUUCCGUUGUUAUCGCGUGGGACAGACGUCGCCGACGACUUUCGUAAGCGUUAAAAUAGUUCGUUUACGGUCAUUCCCUGUAUUGGAGUUGUUUUUGUUAGAAAAUAAGUGUUUUGAUACCAGUUUAUAAAAAGGAGUUAUUUAUUAUUUUGUUUUUCGAGCGGUGUCCGUUACGUCGCCACUUAGAACUUACGAUUGUUUAUUUUGUUCUUUUUUUAUUAUUGAAUAAAAUGCGAAAAUCA